ACUUUGCUGUGACCGGUUCGACGACGUAAAUUUAAAAUGAUUAAAAAUUUUGUGUUAUUUGCUGCGUUGUGUGCGCUUGUUACAGGCAACACACUCUCAGUGCAAGAUUUUAUAAAAGCUGCCUCGGCUGGUGACUUCAAAACUCUACGUAAAUUUAUCAACCCCAACUUCGCAUUCGAUAAUUUCCCGGGCCAGCCUAAUUUGAACACGGACGUGGCUAGUUUACAACCAGGCCCUGGAGCUCACGUCUUUGGCCAGGCUGAGUCAAGCUUCUCUUCAUACUCCAACAACAAUGGUCAAGUUUCAACUGAAAGUGGAGGCUACGGACUCAUCAACAAGGACGGAGUAGUCAGCUCAUACAGUUUCACUCCGAAAAAUCUUGUAACGCCUAAUGAAAAUAUUCCGCAAAACUGAGAGUUUAAAAUUGCUAUAUUUUUUUUGUAGGCGAUAACAUGAUUAGAUUAGUUAUUUAAAUACUAUCACCAAAUAUUAUGUAAGAUUACGUACCGCACAUUUAUAUAAAGUAGAUUUAAUUGUUCUAUGAUUUUGAAAGUAUUCCUGUACUUUACAUAUUACCGUAUAUUUGAAAUUAUCGCAGUUCCCGUUUACAUACGUUUCUUAUAGAAAGUAGAAAAAAAUAUUAGAACCGAAAUGUUUAAGGAAUAAAUGUAUUAAUAAAUUUAGUGUAUUAUU